CUUGAACCUUCUACAUCAGAUAUUUUUUGCUCACCCACUGCGCGGUCACACUCGCGUGGCAUUUUGGCGCAUUUUGUGGUGGUGUUUGUGCCGAAAAAUAAUAGCAACAAAAUUCGCAAUGUCGACGCUGGAGCUGUGCGAGAAAUUCUUUGGGACGCGGGAUGUGUACCAGCUAAUGGGCCUUGAAAAAACCGCCGCUGAGAAGCAGGUAAAGAAGGCAUACCACAAGCUCUCCCUGCUCGUCCAUCCGGACCGAGUGCCCGAGGAGCAGAAAGAGGAGUCCACUGAAAAGUUCAAGGUGCUGUCGAAGCUCUACCAGGUGCUGACGGACUCCCAAAAACGGGCGCUAUACGACGAACAGGGCUUGAUAGACGACGACGAUGAGGCCGAGUCUAAGCUCUCGUCGUGGUUGGACCUCUGGAGCAAGAUAUUCAAACCCAUCUCCGAGGAGGACAUCAACAACUACGAAAAGGAGUACGUGGACUCGGACUUGGAGCGCACGGACAUAAAGAAGGCGUAUCUUGGUGGCAAGGGGUGCAUCAACUAUUUGAUGAACCAUGUGCCCUUCAUGAAGGUGGAGGAUGAGCCACGCAUCCAAAAGAUUGUCCAAGACAUGAUUGCCAGCGGCGAGGUGCCCGAGUACAAGAUCUUCACCGAGGAGCCGGCUGCUAAGCGUAAAAAGCGCCAUCAGAAGUAUGCCCGUGAAUUCAAAGAGGCCAAGGUUAUUAAGGAGAGACUCAAGCGCCGGCAAAAGGAGAAGGACGACCAGGAUCUGGCCGACAACGGCGGCGAUCUACAGCAAAUGAUUCUGGCGCGUCGCAAUCAGCGGGAGUCUAACUUUGGCUCCCUAAUGGACCGUCUGAUGGAGAAGUACGGCAACGAGGACGACUCCGAUACCGUCGACUUCAGCGCCUUUGAGAAGAAGAAAAAGAAGUCGAAGAAACCCGCCAAACAGGAUCCAAAACCGAAGCUUAAUGGAGUCAAGACUGGUCGGGUGGAAAAGACCAAGAAUUAGGGUCAACUACCACUCCUUAACUUAUAUAUUUCUAAAUCUAAAGUAGAGAAUAGUAUUAGUUACCCGUAUGUAUUUAUCCAUGUACGUUUAUUUCACAACUUUUUAAAAUGAAAUAUAACUUUAUGUUUCGUUUGAACUGUCCAAAAGGUGUAAAACGAGCAGCAAAUAGCUUUCUUUUGUUUCCAAAGUGCUUUUACACUUUCUUGGUUCGCAAGCAAAUCAAAUCAAAUAAAAAUAAACUUAUGUUGUUACCGCUCAA